GUUACGUGUACGAGUCAGUGGUUUUUCGAUGAUGCCUUGGUGAUGACGGGAUUUUAACGUUCGAACGCGUCCCAAAACGUUGAGAUAGAUCAAGAAAAUACCGGUCGAUCAUGAAGUUCAUCCUGUGUAUUAUCUCAACACUGGUACUGCAGGCAUCGGCUCUAAUCCAAUCUCCACCACGGAUAUCCAAACAACCCCCGCCAGAUGAGCAGUUAUUUCAAGUGGCUCAAGCGAAGAUUAAUGAGAAUGACAAACCAUUUUUAAUUGAAUGUGAAGCAGAAGGAGAACCUGUUCCAAGAUAUCAUUGGAUUAAAAAUGGAAAAAAUUUCGAGUGGCCAGCAUAUGACGAUCGUAUAUCUCAACAACCUGGUAGAGGUACUCUGGUGAUCUCAAGACCAAGAGAUGAAGAUUUGGGCCAGUAUCAAUGCUUUGCAGAAAAUGAAUGGGGAAUAGCAACAUCCAAUUCAGUUUUUGUCAGAAAGGCUGAAUUAAACUCUUUUAAGGAUCAGAAUCCUAUAAGUCAGGGUGCAAAUGAAGGGCAGCCAUUUAAAUUAACAUGCCAGCCACCAGAUGGUUGGCCAAAACCAAACGUAUAUUGGUUAAUCCAGGACACUGCCGGUGGCAUCAAAUCAAUCAAUAAUACGCGAAUGACUUUAGAUCCAGAAGGAAAUCUCUGGUUCAGCAAUGUGACCAGAAACGACGCCUCCGAUGAUUUUUAUUACGCAUGUGCAGCUACAUCCGUAUUCAGGAAUGAAUACAAACUAGGAAAUAGAGUUCUGUUGAACGUUAUCUCUUCGGGGAUAUCUGCUAGUCAGAACAAACAUGAGCCUCUUAAACAGUAUGUCAGUAGGAAGAACGAAGUUGCCUUACGCGGUAAAAAGAUUGAAUUAUAUUGCAUAUAUGGUGGAACACCAUUGCCACAGAUAGUGUGGAGUAAAAACGCCGACAUAAUUAGAACUAACGAUAGAAUAACACAAGGGAAUUAUGGUAAAUCAUUGAUAAUCAAACACGUCAAUUUCGAAGAUGAAGGAACAUAUACCUGUGAAGCGUCGAAUGGGGUGGGUGACGCGCAAUCGUAUUCUAUACACUUGCAAGUGAUGUCGGUACCAUUCUUCACAAUUGAGCCUGAAAUCAUUAACGCAGCAGAAGAUGAAACGGUCGAAUUCAAAUGUGCAGCUAACGGAGUGCCUGUUCCAGAGAUCAAAUGGAUUCACAAUGGUAAACCGAUAUCUGAAGCCCCGCCAAAUCCGCGUAGGAAGGUUACAUCAAAUUCUAUCAUUAUCGAGAAACUGACAAAGAAAGACACAGGAAAUUACGGAUGUAACGCCACCAAUUCCUUAGGUUAUGUAUACAAGGAUGUAUACGUAAACGUUUUAGCUUUAGAGCCUGAAAUUACACAGCCCCCAGCCGACAUCGCCACGGUCGACGGUAAAACAGUAAGAAUUACCUGUCGCGUAUUCGGUGCUCCAAAACCAGCCGUAAAAUGGAUUCGAAACGGGCAAGAAUUAACCGGAGGUCGAUACAAGACCCUGGACUCCGGCGACUUGGAAAUUGAGAAUGUAAUAUUCUUGGACGCGGGCACCUAUACAUGCCACGCGUCCAAUAAAUUCGGAGAAGUAGAAGCCUCUGCUAAUUUAGUACUGAAAGAACACACAAGGAUCACCGAUGAGCCAGAGGAUUAUGAAGUAGCUGCAGGUUCUACUGCAACCUUUAGAUGUAACGCUGUCACAGACUCGAGUUUAACGCUGACCAUCGAUUGGUUGAGCAACGGUGAACCCAUCGAUUUUGAGAUGGAGCCACGGUUCAUACGAAGCACUGAUUACUCACUGAUGAUAACGAAAACGACUGAGCUAGAUUCUGGUACUUACACUUGCGUUGCUCACACUGAAUUGGAUGAGGCAAAAGCACAGGCUACACUCAUUGUACAGGAUGUACCGAACCCGCCAAAAUUAUUUAGCGUUAGCUGUUCGAAAAACGGUGCAGCUAUUCAAUGGAUUCCUAUGGGUGAUAACCGAGCUCCGAUUCUGAGAUAUACCGCUCAAUACAAUACCACAUUCACUCCUGACACUUGGGAAAUAGCUAGAGAUUCAAUACCAGCUACUGAACAAACGGUAUAUGUACCGAUGUCGCCCUGGGCUAAUUACACGUUCCGUGUAUUAGCGUGGAAUAAAAUAGGUCCAUCGAUACCCUCGCUACAUAGUGAUGUAUGUACCACAUUACAAGAUGUUCCCUAUAAAAAUCCUGAUAACGUGAUGGGUAAAGGAACCACGCCACAAAAUCUUGUUAUAUCGUGGACGACCAUGCCGCAAAUCGAACACAAUGCACCAAAAUUCAUGUACAGAGUAUAUUACAGACGUGAUAUACCGGGAGAGAAAUGGGCUACAGAGGACAUAAACGAUUGGAAAAAGAAUAGUUUGGUUAUAGACAAUCAACCUACUUAUCAGAGAUAUAAAAUUAAAGUUGUAGCUAUUAACGAAAGGGGAGAAUGCAGAAUCGCGCCUGAAGAAGUCACUGGAUACUCUGGAGAAGAUGUACCAUUGCAAGCACCAAGUAACUUCACGUUGAACCAGAUAAAGUCGAGUACAAGUGCACAAUUUUCAUGGAAUCCAGUUCCCGAGGAAUCGGUACGAGGGGAAUUGCAAGGAUACAAAAUUCAAACGUGGAUAGAGAAAGAUGGUGAGAAAGGAAUGCGAGAGAUUGAUAUUAGAGGUGGUAAUAGGACCCAUGCAUUGGUUACCAAGUUCAUCCCGUUCAGCAAGAAUUACGUUCGAAUAUUAGCAUAUAAUGGCCGGUAUACUGGACCACCUUCUGAAACUUUAAGUUUCGACACACCAGAAGGAGUUCCAGGGACGGUCCUCAGUCUCGAAGCGUUUCCUAUGGGUUCCAACGCUUUAUUUUUAGUGUGGACGAAACCUGCAGAGCCAAAUGGUAACCUAACUGGCUAUAGAGUAUAUUAUGAAGUCGUAAAUGGAACAAGCUUAGGACCUACGUUGGAGAGAAAGCCACAAAUCGUAGAUCGAGAAGCUACCAGUGCGAAAUUGGCAGCAUUGAUACCUGAUACAAAGUAUCGUGUGCACAUCCGGGCAACUACAAAAGUUGGUGAAGGAAAUGACUACUUCAUUGAACAAAAAACACGCACAUCCCAACGCCCUGAUGUACCACAAUUUACUUGGGAAGCAAUACCAAACGAGAAUGGGUACUCGAGUGUAAGAAUUAUCUGGCAGCUGAAUCUCAAUGGAAAUCCUGGAAGUCACUUCUUUGUAAAGCACAAGCUUAAAGGCGAAACGAUAUUUCACCAUAGUAAACCAGAAUUUCAGUCAAACAUGAUCGAAAUCCGGGGACUUCAAAGUGGUGAAGUAUACGUGAUGUCUGUGGUCGCUGUUGAUGGAAAUUAUUUCACGGAAAGCGAGCCACAAGAAGUAGAAACUAGCAGUGAAGGACCCAUUAUUCAACCUAAAGAAAAUGUUGCCACUGCUGGGUGGUUCAUAGGAAUGAUGCUAGCAAUUGCCUUCCUUCUUUUGGUACUUAUAAUUGUAUGCGUUAUCAAACGCAACAGAGGGGGGAAAUACGCAGUGCAUGAAAGAGAGCUAGCUGCUGGACGUGGCGAUUAUCCAGAUGAAGGUGGUUUCCAUGAAUAUUCGCAACCUUUAGACACUAAAUCAGCAGGUGGUCGGGCGUCUUUAGCGUCCUCCUCUCAUCAAGACGGAAAACAUCCUGAAUCUGACACCGAUUCUAUGGCGGAAUAUGGAGAGGGAGAUACAGAAGGUAUGAACGAAGAUGGAUCAUUCAUUGGUCAGUAUGGCCGACAUCGUAAACAAGAACCAAAUUCACAAGCAUUUGCCACAUUAGUUUAAGGACGUUUCACGGAGGAUGGUUCUUUCAUUGGACAAUAUGGGCCCAAAGGUAGACCAGAAGAAACACCGCCCAUU